GUCAAUUUUCAUGUGUUCAGUAGUUAAGAGUUAAUCUUUGUAGUGUACAUACUAUUGGAUUUUUUUAAAAUUUUUUUUUACUCUUGACCAAAGUUUUAAAAUGUUCCUAAUUCUUAUAUUAACUAUUAUGUUUUUAAUUUUUGUGUUUUUAUUUUGCCACUUUUACCAUUGGUCUGGACUACGUGUUCGUAAAUACAUGACUAAAAUACCGGGUUAUUCCGAGCCUCAGUCGUGGAUGUUGUCUUUUGAAGGUGCUCUGAUGCCUACAGAAGGUGUAAGAGACUUUUUACACAAAAUAUUCAAUCCCUAUCCUUCUAUAUGUUCAGUUUGGUUCUUAGGAUUUCCUAAUUGCAACCUUGGUUCACCAGAGAAUAUAGAGGUAUUGCUGAAAAGUGUCCAGCAUAUCACAAAAGGGAGAGAGUAUUUUAUUUUCAGUGAUUGGUUGGGAGAAGGUCUGCUCACAAGUACAGGGGCGAAAUGGCAUGCAAACAGAAAAAUGCUGACACCAGCAUUUCAUUUUCGGAUCUUAGAAACAUGUGUUCCAAUCUUCAACCGAAACACUGAACUUCUCAUGAAGAUCCUUACAUUGAAUUUAAAAAGAGAAAAUUUUAUGAAUAUCGAAAAAUUUGUUUCUCUUUGUUCGCUAGAUAUCAUUUCUGAAGCUGCCAUGGGCGUACGUAUUGAAGCACAACUCCAAAAGAACUCUACGCUGGAAUACGUAAAUGCUGUGAGAAGGAUGGGAGAAGUGAGCUUGAAGAGAGUGAAGGCGUUCCAUCUUCGAAAAGAUUGGAUUUACUACUUAACAGCUGACGGAAGAGAACAAAAAAGGUUAUUGAAGAUACUCCACGGCUUUACAGAAAAUGUGAUUAAAGAGAGCAAAGAAAAGAGGCGAUUAGGGAGAAUAAACGGAUCCACAGAUCUAAAACCUGCAGCAUUUGUGGAUUUUCUUCUUGAAAUGGCCGAAAAUGAGCCAGGUGCUUUCACUGACGUGGAAAUAAGACAAGAAGUGGACACUUUUAUGUUUGAGGGCCAUGAGACCACUUCAUCAUCAAUAGCUUGGUCACUUCUACUUCUGGGACACAGCCCAGACAUUCAGGAAAGAGCGUACAACGAGGUGCGUGAGAUAUUUGGCGACUCUGACAGACAAGUAACGAGGCAGGAUCUCACCAAGAUGACGUAUCUGGAGGCAAUAAUCAAGGAAUCUCUAAGACUUUAUCCACCUGUAUCUUAUAUGAGCAGAACAUUAGACACUGAUUUGGAUCUUGGUGAUUACAAGGUUCCAGCAAACUCUAACGUAUUGGUGAUUCCUUACUUCCUACAUCGGCGUCCAGAGUUGUUUCCGGACCCUGAGAAGUUUGACCCGGAAAGGUUCCUAAGUAACGACAAUCUCAAUCGUCAUCCCUUCAUGUACAUCCCUUUCAGUGGGGGACCCCGCAACUGUAUAGGCCAACGCUUUGCAAUGAUGGAGAUGAAGGUGGUGUUGUCGUAUUUUCUGAGACGUUUUCGUAUUGAGUCAGUAACUCAGAGGGAAGGUUUGAAGGUCUUAUUUUCGCCAAUUUUAAGACCACUUCAUGGAACCUACAUCAAGCUAUAUCACAGAAUGUAGCCUUUAGAGUAAUUUAGUAAAGAGUUGUUUUCAGUUUUGUA